AUGGCAACCCUCGAGGCGAUCCAGUACGAGCCCGGAAAGCUCAAGGUCCUCGACCAACUUCAGUUACCGCAUACCUUUCAGUACGAUGUCGUCGCCACCUGCGAGGAUGCCUUUGACUGCAUCCGUUCUAUGCGCGUGAGGGGUGCCCCCGCCAUUGCCAUCGUCGCCGUUCUCGGUCUCGCCGUUGAGCUACAAAACGGCCAAUUCAAGGCCAGCACCGCCGACGACAUCAUCGCCCACAUCGACGCCCGCCUCGACUACCUCAAGGAAAGCCGCCCCACCGCCGUCGACCUCGGCAACUCCGUAACCCUCCUCAAGAAGCUCGUGCGCGGCACCCGCGAGUUCAACCCCGCCAGCACCGUCGACGACAUCGUCAAGGCCUACGUCGCCGGCGCCGAAGAGUACAUGAAGCGCGACCUGCACACCAACGUCUCCAUUGGCGAGAACGGCGCCAACUGGCUACGCGAAGUCGCCGGCGCCAGCCCGGAACGGCCCGUCUCCGUGCUCACGCACUGCAACACGGGGUCCCUCGCCACCUCGGGCCACGGCACCGCGCUCGGCAUCAUUCGCAGCCUGCACAGCGCGCACCUCCUCGAGCACGCCUUUUGCACCGAGACGAGGCCCUACAACCAGGGCAGCCGGCUCACGGCCUUUGAGCUCGUGCACGAGGGGAUCCCCAGCACCCUCAUCACCGACUCGAUGGCGGGCGCGCUCUUCGCCACCAAGAAGGCGCAGCGCAACAUUGCCGCCGUCAUCGUCGGCGCGGACAGGGUGGUGGCCAACGGUGACACGGCCAACAAGAUUGGGACGUACCAGCUCGCCGUCCUCGCGCGGCACCACGGCAUCAAGUUCAUGGAGCGCAAGAGGGAGGAGCUCACACAGGUUACUGGCCCCGUGGUGGCACAGGACGGCGCGGUGGACACGACCAAGGUGGCACGGAUCGCGACGGCAGAUCAGAGGAUCGAUGUGUGGAAUCCCGCAUUUGACGUGACACCUCACGACCUCAUCGACGCCAUCGUCACCGAGGCUGGUGUCGUUGUCAAGAAUGCAGAGGGCCAGUUUGACUUGGCUAGUAUCAAGAGCGAGAGCGAUGCGGCCAAGGCGUAA